GUUUUGGUCGUUCCCUCACCCAGGUCCGUCGUAAAUCUCGCACUCGCCCAUUUUUCACAAAACUUCUUUGCUCUCUAAAUCAAUUUUCGCGCGCGCGACCCACACGGACUGGGUGCAGCAGAUUUCUUCUCGCCGCGAUUGCAAUGGACAGUGAUUGUGAUGCCCUGAGAUUGGCCCUUGUGCACCACUUGGGUGCACUCCACACCGAUGACUACCCCUGGGCACUCGGUGUGUCCCCCUUGGGCGGUCGUGGCCUCUUUGCCGUGCGGGACAUCCGCACGGAUGAGGUCAUCUUUGAGGAUCACCCAAUCGUGGUGGGUCCGCGUGCUGGUCGCGACGAAGAUGCAACAUGUGUCGUGUGCCAUGCACACGUGUCACGGUGUGAGGUGUGCCCAAGGGGCUGUGGUCUACCCAUAUGCAACACAAAUUCCACAUGUGCAAGUAGCGAGAAUCACGUCGCUGAAUGCAAUCUCGUGGCAUCGUGGAAGCCCCUCAAGCCCGAAACUGUGUCCAACAGCAUCCUCAGGGCUCUUACCCCAAUAAGGAGUCUCCUGUUGCCUCCUGAAGCAUUGGCUCUUCUCAAUAUGCUCCAGGCCAACCAUUGCAAUCAAUCGGAAGUUGAUAUCAAUCGAGCUGUUGCAGAAUUCAGCAAUUUUCCCCACAACAAUCCAGAAAUUCUCAAGCAAUUGUACAAGACAUCAGCAGUGCUCAAUACCAAUGCCUUUGAGACGAAACUGGUGUCGGAAUAUGAGGAUCGGAAGAGCCUUCGAGGUUCGGGAAGAGGACUCUACCCCUUGGCCUGCAUGAUGAAUCAUCAAUGUGUGCCCAAUGUGAGGUACUGCUUCGAUGCAAAACACGUUAUGCGCGUCCAGGCCACCAAAGUCAUUCCACGUGGCGAAGAAAUCUUCACGUCCUACAUUCAAAUCUUCUGGGGCACCUACGCACGACGUGUCCAUUUGACGGCAACAAAGGACUUCAUGUGCAACUGUGCACGAUGCACAGAUCCCACAGAGUGUGGAACAUAUUUAUCAGCUCUCUGCUGCCCCAAGGAGUCAUGCAAGGGUCGUAUGUUGCCAGUGAAUCCCCUACAUUUGGGUUCUGCAUGGUCAUGCGAUAAGUGCAGUACUCAGCUGAAUAACAAGAAGAUAGCUCGUGUGCAGGAUGUUCUUUCAGCACAAAUUAUCACAAAACUCCGCAAGGGAGACCCAAAGCUUGUGUUUGACUUCCUCAAGACUUGCAUCAACAACAUCAUGCCAGGAUCGAAUCAAUUUAUUGUUGAAUUGAAGCUCUUUAUCAUCUGGAAUGUGGGGAAUAAUGAAAAAUAUGAUUACACGUUGGAGGAUUUGCAGGCUAAGGAGAAGUUUUGCCUGGAGCUGAUGGAAUUACUUGAGCAAAUGGGUGCUGGUGAAUGUACAAUAAAAGCUCUAAUCUACUUUGAGCUUUACAAGUGUCGGGAUCAAUUAGCAAAAUUGCAACCAAAGGAGGAUGAGGAACAGGAAGUAAGCAAUCGGAUUUUAAAUCGUAAACUCCUCGAUAGAAGUUGGUCAAUGCUCAAAUGGAGUGUUGGAGCACCACCGCAACUUCGGCAGCUCAUGCAGCAAAUAGAUGGAAUCCAAGAACUUGAGAAUCAUCAUUGAAAAUUCCUUAAGUCUCCCCAUACUCUUACCUGUACUACCUACGUAGACUUCCUCUUAUGUUGCACUUUGCAUCAUUCUUUACCUGCAAACCUUAAAUUCUUCUACUUUAGCCUGAAGAAUGCAUCCAAAGCGAUCCAAAGCACUGCGAAAAAGCUCUUGUAGAUUACUCCGUAAAUUUAUUAAGACAUUUUACAUUAUUAUCUAUUUAUAUAGUUCUUAUAUAUACAUUUUUCUUUACAUUCAAGUAGUAAAAUGUACAACAACAUGUCAAGUUUUUUGCGGCGGACGUGAAAUAGUACAAAACUUUCGAUAGAGUUGAUUGUUAAAAUGUAUAUAGUCUAUGGUAAUUUGCUAUAUAGUUUAUGCUAAGUUGUGGUUAAGAUUUUGUGAGAUAAAAUUUGCUAAUUUAUUAUACAAAAAGACUUCUCUCUAUUAUAAUGUAUUGUUUGAAGAGAUAUGUAUUUUCACACCUGGUCAUAUUUCUGCACAGAAAAAAAUUAUUAUCAAGAAUAAAUUGACUUGUGAUCAUU